AUGCCUGGCCUGGUCUCAGCAACCGGAGUCCUGGGCUUCCUAGCCGACGAGGAGCAUGAUCUCAAGGUCUUCGCCCUCCAGACUCUCAAUGAUGACAUCGACACUGUCUGGACCGAGGUCGCUGGUGCCCUGAGCCAAAUUGAGGCUCUCUACGAAGACGACUCCUUCCCUCAACGACAGCUCGCCGCCCUCGUUCUCGCCAAGGUCUACUACCACCUCCAGGCCUACAAUGAGAGUAUGACAUUUGCCCUCGCCGCUGGCGACCUCUUUAAGCUCGACGCUCCCGGCGAAUUCGAGGAUACCAUCAUUUCAAAGUGCAUCGACCAGUACAUUGCUGCCUCUUCCGCAAAGCACACUGCUCCCGAGUCACCCCAAAACGAUACCUCACUCCCCGCUCUGGCUACUACGUUUGCUAGCGGUGCUGCUGAUGGGUCUGCCUUGAUCUCCCCUACGACCCCCUUCUCCCAGACGACCCUCCCCUCCAAGUCUCUCCUCUCCCGAGUUUCGACCGACAACACCAUUCUCGAUCCCACAUUCCAACCCGUCAAGGAAGGCCGCUCCGCAUCCAUCGCCCCAAUCAAUGAUCAGGCGACUCAGAUUGCUCUGCAACGUAUUAUCGAGCGUAUGUUCGAGGCUUGCCUCAAGGAUGGCAGAUAUCGCCAGGUCAUUGGUAUUGCCGUCGAAGCCAAGAACUUGGAGGUUCUGCGCCGAGUCAUCAAGCGCGCCGCCGAUGACGAGAAGCAUUCAAAGUCCAAGUCGUCGGAUGGCCAGGGCCCCGCCGAGGAGCUCAUGGAGUAUGCAUUGGGCAUCUGCAUGGACGUUGUUCAGGAGCGAAGCUUCCGCACUGAGAUUCUGCGUUUGAUCCUCGACCUUCUCAACGACAUUCCGAACCCAGACUACUUCGCCAUCGCCAAGUGUGUUGUUUACCUGAGCUCCAACGAGGAGGCUUCGCGCAUGCUGAAGCAGCUCAUCACGAGCGGCGACCGGAAUUCAAUCGCCAGUGCCUACCAGAUCGCUUUUGAUUUGUACGACAAUGGCACUCAGGAGUUUUUGGGCAAGAUCAUCAGCUCGCUGCCAUCAGGAGAGCCUAGCAAGGCUGCCGAGAGCGACGCCACUGAGGAAGAGCCAUUGAUCGAGAACCAAGAGUCCUCAGAGGAGGAGCUGUCGGAGGAGCUUUCCAAGGUUUACCAGAACAUUCGGUCAAUUUUGGACGGCAGCAAGACCAUUCAGCUGAACCUCGAAUUUCUCUACCGCAACAACCGCACCGACCUGAGCAUUCUUAACAAGGUCCGUGAUAGCUUGGAGGGUCGCAACUCCAUCUUCCACACAGCCGUCACCUUCUGCAACGCUUUCAUGAACCAGGGCACCACCAACGACAAGUUCUUCCGCGACAACCUCGAAUGGCUUGGCAAGGCUGUCAACUGGUCUAAGUUCACCGCGACUGCAGCUUUGGGUGUCAUCCACCGCGGCAACCUUACGCAAUCCCGCAAGCUCCUCGAGCCCUACCUCCCUCGCCAGAGCGGCUUGAGCAGCGGCUCCAUUUUUAGCCAAGGUGGCGCUCUCUACGCCUACGGUCUGAUUCACGCCAACCACGGCGCCGACGCUCUUGACUACCUCAAGACCCAGUUCACAUCCGCCGAGGAGGAAGUUAUCCAGCAUGGUGGUGCCUUGGGUCUGGGUAUUGCAGGCAUGGCAACUGGCUGUGAGGAGAUUUUCGACAACCUGCGCACGGUGCUUUUCACCGACUCUGCUCUCAACGGCGAGGCCGUUGGCCUUGCCAUGGGUCUCAUUAUGCUCGGCACUGGCAACGUGCGAGCCUUGGAAGACAUGAUUACCUACGCCCACGAGACGACACACGAGAAGAUUGUUCGUGGUCUCGCUAUUGGCAUGGCGUUGAUCAUGUUUGGCCGCCAAGAAGGUGCCGACGCCAUGAUCGAGGGCCUACUUAACGACCCUGAUCCUACCUUAAGAUAUGGCGGUAUUAUGACUGUUGCUCUCGCCUACUGCGGUACUGGCAGCAACAAGGCUAUUCGCAAGCUGCUUCAUACUGCCGUUAGCGACGUCAACGAUGAUGUACGCCGUGUCGCUGUCAUGAGCUUGGGCUUCAUUCUCUUCCGCAAGCCUGGCAGCGUCCCUCGCAUGGUCGAGUUGCUCUCUGAGUCGUACAACCCUCACGUGCGUUACGGAUCUGCCAUGGCGCUGGGCAUUUCUUGUGCUGGCACCGGCCUGGAUGAGGCCAUCGACUUGCUCGAGCCUAUGAUGAAGGAUCCCACCGACUUUGUCCGUCAGGGUGCGCUCAUCUCUCUGGCCAUGAUCAUGAUUCAGCAGAACGAAGUCAUGAAUCCCAAGGUCGCUUCCAUUCGCAAGACUCUGAAGAAGGUUGUCGGCGAUCGCCAUGAGGACGCCAUGACCAAGUUCGGCGCGUCGCUUGCGCUGGGUAUUAUCGAUGCGGGUGGUCGCAACUGCACGAUUGGCCUCCAGACCCAGACUGGGAACCUCAACAUGGCCGGCAUCGUUGGUAUGGCCGUCUUCACCCAGUACUGGUACUGGUUCCCGUUCACCCACUUCCUUUCGCUCGCUUUCUCGCCCACCUCCAUCAUCGGUCUCGACCACGAACUCGAGAUUCCCAACUUCAAGUUCCAUUGCGCCACCCGUCCCAGCCUCUUCGAUUACCCGCCGGAGCAAGAGGUCAAGGCUGAGGAGGGCCCUACCAUGGUCGCCACAGCCGUUCUGUCAACAACUGCUCAGGCCAAGCGCAGAGCUCAGAAGAAGGAGCGUGCCCAGCGUCGUGAGAGCAUGGACAUUGACUCUGCCAAGCCAACGGUGUCCGACAAGAUGGACGUGGACGGAAAGAAGGAAGAGACCAAGGAAAAGAAGGAUGGCGACGGUGGAGAGAAAGAGGCAUCUGUUGCUCCCGCCGACACCAAGAAGAAGGCAGAGAAGGAGAAGGUCGGGUACGAUAUGGAGAACCUGUCGCGCGUGCUUCCGGGCCAGCUCAAGUUCAUCAGCUUCCCCGCCGGACGAUACAAGCCGGUCAAGAAGCCUACCGGAGGACCUCUGCUUCUACAGGACACGCAGCCUGACGAGGAGAAGACGCUCAUCGAAGAGAAGUUGAAGAAGGUGACAACAGAAAAGGCCCCAGUGGCCGGCCAAAGCAACGCAGGCGGAUCAUCUGCGGGCUUGACGCCGCGCCAACAGCAGAACAUAAUCUCGCAGGCCCUCAGAGCAGGUGCUGGUGGUGAUCUUCGCUCGCUGAAUGAGCUUAGCGAGCUCCUGGGUCGGCAAAGAAGAGGUGACCUCGUAGGCGCGACUGAUGAAGGAGGGGCGGCUGCAGCAGCAGGAGUGCUCAUGGCAGUGGAUGAGGACGGCGAGGGAGAUGAAGAGGCGGACGUCCCACGAGAGUUUGAAUACUUCACGGACAAUGAGGAGGAAGAUGACGAGGAGACAGUCGGGGGCAAAGAGACUUUGCCAGACUGUACAAUAGUAUGCAGCCAGCAGCAACGCAGACGACUCGCGGAAACCUUGUGGGGAACCCCACGUUUCCCCUCUUACAUCGUCAAGCUGGGAGAAGAAAGCCCGCUUCUUCUGCUCUUAAGGUACAGCCAAGCCGAUAGCUAUCUGCAAACUUCUGGUGGCCACGCAGGGAGACGUGUUUCAGGCUCGCUUGCGCUUCCCCGUAUCAUGAGGUCAGGAGAUCAGGAGAUCAGGAGAUCAGGAGCGGUAUACGGAACGCUUCCUCACGAUCUCUUCUACUGGCAUGUACACUGCCCGCGGCCCCUUGUUCGGGGUUCGAGCUUCGUGGACCAUACUGAAGCUCCUCACUCCCGCAACACCGCGGGGAGAGCAAUGCGGGGUGUCCGCCUCCAACGCAAGUGGUUCCCGUCCGUAGCUGAAGCCGGCGGGAGAAGAGAGAUCUCGCCCUUUGAUAGCUUCCUCCGAUUUGCUGCCUUUGCAUUACCGCCGUACAUUUCGACUGUGAUACUCUUGACGUUGAAGGCGAGAACCUUCCAUCAUGACAACCCCAAUGUGCUCGGUUCUGACCUUGCUUUAGUUGCCAAAGAGCUGGGUCCCUUUGUCGAUCACACCUCCAACCAGGCAAUCGCCUAUGGCGAGCUCACCAAGACCACCGCAGAUGGCAAGCUAUACCACGAGCAACUUAUCCGGGACUCCGUACAGGAUGCUCAGGGCUGGGCUCACGCGGCCUGGCCAGACAUUGACCCGAUUCUUCUCGCAGUCGAGAUCAUGAUGGUCAGACUAUCACUCAAGUUCAUCCCGUAUUUGACAGGAUAUUUCCACAUUCAGACCAACACAGACUGGUCCUAUUCGGUCGAGAAAACUGUCAAGAAUGCCGAAAGAAUUGUUGAGACCUUCAAGAAGGUGGAGCCCACAUUCGACGUGAACCGUGUCUGUAUCAAGAUUCCGUCCACCUACGAGGGCAUUGCUGCUUGCAGGAUCCUCGAGAAUAAGGGAAUUGCAACAUUGGCGACGACCAUGUUUUGCAUGGAGCAAGCGGCCCUGGCUGCCCAUGCCGGCUGCACCUACAUUGCGCCGUAUGUGAACGAACUAAAGGUUCACUUCGUCCCAGGUUAUGUGGACGAGAACAAGGCUUUCAACUUCUGCAGACAGGCCCAGGCUUACUAUGUCGAGACAAAGGCCAAGACCCAGGUCCUGGCAGCUAGUCUGACCACCGUUCCUGAGGUGAUGCAGUUGGCCGGCAUUCAGCACGUCACCGUCUCGCCGCCGCUCCUCCGGGCUCUUGCGGCAGCGCCGUCCUCAACUUGGACGGAGAAGGUCGGUGGCUAUUUCGCAGACGGGCCAGACGAGCGCUGGAUCAAGGACUUCCAGGCUGCCUUGAUAGACGAGAGCGAGUGGCGAUUUGCUUUUACUCGUAGCGGCAACGGCAGGUAUGAGGAGAAGCUUAUCCAGGCCAUCAAUAUCUUCUCCGAGAAGCAACAGAGCCUAGAGGAGCUGGCGCGAAGUUAUUUAUAG